AUCGCAAGGUUGUAGCUCGUGAAACGUUUCAUUUACCAAUGAAUCUCGUCCAAAAAAUAGCACUCUUAAUCCAGAACAUAGUACUGGAGGAAUCAUGAAACAAAAUGUUACUAUUUCUCUUGAUUCCAAAAAUGAAACGUACGUUUUUACAAAAUAGAUGGCAGUACAUCUCGAUUGAGGGAUGUCCCGUUCUAUAUAAAAGAAAUCUCAAAUGCAUAUUUUGCUAAACUGCAGUUCGACUAAUUUUAUUUAGUCGAAUAACAUACGAAAACUAAUCAGAACGAACUAACUCGUAUGAAGGAUCAACCAAAUAUUGCAUCCAAAUGGAUCCUCCGCUCCCGUCGAUUUUAAAGAAACGCCGUCUGCAGCGCAUUGGCGGUAGACCAAUAAUAGAAUGCAGGCGGGAAUUCACCUUGCCGCACAAGUUUCCCAGCAUGAUCAACACGCCUAAAUGUAAUUCGGUAUUCGAAAAGUUCACCACGUCAAACACGAGCGUGCAAAGCAGUUUAAACGGAUUGAAGAGUAAGAAGGUACUAGCUACUAAUGGAAUAACGAAAUUAAGAAUAAAAACAAAAGAUGGCAUCGAUUUGGGAGAAGUUAAGGUACAGCUGCUGACUAACGAUCAAAAGAAUUUAUUAAACGUCCCACAGAUUGUCAAAGUCCAACAAGCUUCAAAUUGUAUGAAGAAUAGUGUUGCUGGUCUUUCUACUUCCUCACAAAGUAACACUGUGAAAAUAGUGAAACCAUUAGGAUCUCAAUUAUGUAGGGAAACGCAGAAAUGUAUUAGAGAAUUACACUGUCCCAUAAAACAACAGUUUGUUGUUUCUCAUAGUAAAAUUCCCGUGGCUCGAAAUAAAAAUAAGAAUGUGAUUCAGAAGCAUGAAGUUUUAAGCAAAGUAAAUAAGAUGAAUCAAAGUAAUAGUCCACUAAAUGACAAUGGGUACAGAUUAUUGCAUAAUGUUCCAGCCGUCUCAAAAAAAAUUACAGAACCAGAAAAGACUUUAGUUUUGAUAAAUGAACAAGAGGUUAGAGACGAACAUAUUUUCAAAAAUAAUGAAAAAUGUAUAGAAAAUAAGAAUAAUGAUACUUUAGAAAAGACAAAUGUAACGGAUGUUAAAAGCUCGUUGAUCGAAUUAGCAGAAUCAAAGUUUCCAAUAGUAAGAUGCGAGAGGUUACAGAUUCCUCCAACUAAAGUUAAUAUUAAUAAAAUAAAAAGGCAAGAAAAAGAAAACAAUACUCUAUCUCAUGAAAAUAUAAGAAAAAGAAAACGUAUUCUUUUGAAAAAUAAUGAAUGGAAUCAUUCUGCAAAAAGAAUUGAAAAUGCAUCAAAUAAUAAUUCACUUAAUCUGGAAAGUAGUGAAAAUCAAAAACACGCAAGUAUUUUAAAAGAGCCAACAAGAUGUGAUAAUAAUGUAAAUGAUUUUGAUAAUGAUGAUGUUGUAAUAGUAUGCGAAAAAAAUGAAAUUGCGGGUCAACAUUAUAAUAAUGUUCAAGAGAAAAAAUGUACUAUAAUAUCUAUGAAUAACAAAGAUGUUGACAAUGAAACUCAAAGUGUAUUUGUUAAGGUAAAUACAAAGCCAAAUUUUGAUAGAAAUGAGAUAAUUUGUAAAAAUAAUGUACUAAAUGAAAACCCUGAAUUUGAUAUAAGUCAUGAUGGGAAAAAAGAUAAUGAAAAAAAAGAAAAAUUAUCAGAAUAUUUAAAUGUAAUUAAAGAAGCACUGACCAGCGUAAAAGAUGAACAACUUCGAAUUAAAGCUUUGCAUGCCCUUGCAGAGUGUGGAGUAGGUAUAGCGAAACAAGUCCCAAUUAUUCCAUCUGAAAGAUUAAGAACAGUUCAUGAUUCUCAGAUUCAAACUGAUGUAUUUGGACUUCUUGAUAGGCAAAGUUUUGUACUAGUGAAAAAAACUAUGUCUACUAUAAAAAGAAUAAAGCAAAUAGAGCGUUCAACUGUUAAUCUUUGCCCUGUCAUGAAAGAAGUACAAACUCAAACAGAAAUGCAAAUACAGACUGAAUCUAAAUUGCAUAAUAAUGUCUACAAUACGGAUUUAUUCUCUAUAUUAGAAGGCCCUCAUAUGGUGGUCCCACAAGAUACAUUAGACAUUGAUAAUUAUUUUAAUGAGAUUUUCAAUAACAAUAGCGACAUAAACAAGGUGCAAAAAAUAUUAUCAACACCACAUUCCUUAUGUAAAAAAGUUGCUGCACAAUUAAAAAAAGACUAUGACGAAUUGCAAUAUUGUGAUAAUAAUGGAAUGUUAAAUAUACAUCGAGCAGUGGUGAAUAAUCAACUAUGUGAGGUGCAAAAACUAUUGUUAAUUUUAAGAGCUUCAAAAACUAGUAUUGAUGUAUUAACAGAAGAUGGAAUGACAAGUUUGGAAUUAGGAAUUCAGUAUAAUGCAUCCGAAAGUAUAGUAAAGUUGCUACUAGAAGCUGGGGCGAAACCAAUUUCAUCUGAACUUAUUUGUGACUCCGCAGUACUUUUAGCCAGCAAACAAUCAUCACCACUUUUACCAUUACUUCUAAAUUAUGUUACAGAACCUCAGCUAUUAAAUAGAGAAGAUUCAUCAGGAUUAGCUCCUUUGCAUUAUUGUGCACUAAAUGGCUUCUUAGAUGGAGUUAUUGCUUUGGUAGAAGUGGGAGCAGACAUAAAUUUGAAGGAUCAUCGUUCGGGAAGAACGCCAUUCUUUCAUGCUCUUGAAAAUAAUUACACAUUAGUAGCACAAAAAUUGUUAGAAUGUGGUGCAAUCGCGAAUUUACCGAACUUUUCUGGGCAAUCUGUUUUAAGUUUAAUAGACGAAACAAACAAUUUUUCAUUCAAGGCGUUGCUUAAACAAAUAGUAAUUUAGUUCUACCUCCAAAAUUAUGAACUUAUUACUAGAUAUAAAUGAUUAACAAAACAUCAUAACUAAAAAUAACUUUUUAUGUACAUUUUUAUGUACUUAACUAAUUUUAUCAGUACUAAUUAAAUUUAUUUAAAUUCCUCAUAAGGAAUAAACAAAUUAAAUUAUUAAAUAAACAAAUGUAUCAGGUAUUUAUAUCCGACUCGAAUUUAUAUUUAAGAUUUUGUAAAAACAUUUCUUUAUUGACUAAAUAAGGUCUCGAUCUUCUGGGUAGUUAGUGAAUCAUUAUUGUAUUACUAGGCAUACCUUGAAUUGAUUAAUUGUAAAAAUAAAAUUCUUGUUAAAUUUUGUUUUUUAUUGUUUUAUUAUAUUGGACUUUGAUGCUUCUGAAAAUGACUUGUACUUUUCUCUAAUUAGCUCAAUUAUAUUAAGAAAUUGCUCUCUAUGUUGCAUAAUAUUAGACAAUUGUGAUUAUAUAAAAAUAUCACUGCCAAUUCAUUGUAACCAUUUAUUGAAUUGUUCUUCAUAUAUCAAAAAU